GACGAGGUCAUAUCCGGUGUAUUUUCAGACUAACGGUGAAGUUUGACUUGCUAAGCCUGCUACAGAAAUAUAAAGAGAGAGGAACAAGGACCUUUAACUCACGGGGACAGUGGUAUAACUUGCGUAGUUUAACAGCCGUUUUGUACCAGUGAGAAUUAAAAAUGUUUUCUUUGACCGUCCAACCACAGGUAAGAGAAGCAAGAAACAUUAGUCCAAGGUCACUGUACCUCUUAGCCACCUCAUCAACGUCCUCCACUCUAUGAAGAGCUCAGUGGGAAGCAGCAGCAGUGCCACCUGCAAAUCAAGAAAACACAAGGAGCAUGCCUCAGACUCAGAACUACACUGCACAGAGGCCACGUGGAACCUGCGUGAGCUUGGCUUAUCAGACCUGGGAGCGCUGCAGCUGGACAAGCUGGUGAACCAUGUGUUACCACGCUUGAGUCCACAGGAGGCACCACUUCCUCUGGGUGGACAGAUAGCCUGGAGGACUUCACAUCUUUCUACACACUCCUUUUUCUACAAUAAGCAUGGCUUCUCAUGUGGUGCAGUGCCGACGUUGGGCCCAGUUUUUUCCAGGCAGCACUCUUCACCUCUUCAGUCUGUCUGCACAGAGCUACAACACCUGCCAUUGUGGGUCCAGUACAGAGGUUUUAAAACUUUAAAGAGCAAAACCAGACGACUGCAGUCAGCCUCCGACCGCCCUCUGGAAUCUGAAGGGUUCACACCAUCUUUUAUUAAGGGUUUCCUGACACGUGACAAGGGGAUUGAAGUUGAAAGUCUAGACAGCUUGUUGAAGAACAAGAACAUACCUGAUGGACAGCAGGAUGCUUUCAAGAGGGGCUUCGCUGAGGGGUUCCUGAAAGCCCAAGCCUUGACACAACGCACACAAGACUCACUCAGGAGGACUCGUCUAAUCCUGCUGGUGCUGCUCCUUGUUGGGCUCUAUGGUAUCUCCAAGACCCCCUUCAUAUCGGUGCGGUUCCGAACCACAUCAGGCCUGGACUCUGCAGUGGACCCUGUCCAGAUGAAAAACGUGACAUUUGAGCACGUCAAAGGGGUAGAAGAAGCUAAGAAUGAGCUGCAGGAAGUGGUGGAGUUCCUGAAAAACCCACAGAAGUUCACAGCGUUGGGAGGAAAGCUGCCAAAAGGUGUCUUACUGGUUGGCCCUCCAGGGACUGGAAAGACUCUAAUGGCCAGAGCCGUGGCAGGAGAGGCAGAUGUGCCAUUCUACUACGCCUCCGGGUCAGAGUUUGAUGAGAUGUUUGUUGGAGUGGGAGCCAGCCGCAUCAGGAACCUUUUCAGGGAGGCUAAAGCCAAUGCUCCCUGUGUGAUCUUCAUUGAUGAACUGGACAGUGUGGGUGGGAAAAGGAUUGAGUCUCCCAUGCACCCUUACUCCAGACAGACUAUCAACCAACUGCUUGCUGAGAUGGAUGGGUUUAAACCAAAUGAAGGCGUGAUCAUCAUUGGAGCAACCAACUUCCCAGAGGCUUUGGAUAAUGCCCUGAUCCGCCCGGGACGUUUUGACAUGCAGGUGACAGUCCCCAAACCUGACGUGAAAGGACGCACAGAGAUCCUCAACUGGUACCUAAAGAAGAUUAAAGUGGAUCCAGCAAUUGAGGCCAAUAUUAUUGCCCGGGGCACAGUGGGCUUUUCGGGCGCUGACCUGGAAAAUCUGGUCAACCAGGCUGCCUUGAAGGCAGCAGUUGAUGGCAAAGACAUGGUCACCCUGAAGGAGCUGGAGUUUGCUAAAGACAAAAUCCUCAUGGGCCCUGAGAGGAGGAGUGCAGAAAUAGACAAGAAGAAUAAGAUCAUUACAGCAUACCAUGAAUCAGGCCACGCAAUUGUGGCUUACUACACCAAAGAUGCCAUGCCGAUCAACAAGGCUACUAUCAUGCCCAGAGGCCCCAGUCUGGGACAUGUGUCCAUGCUCCCAGAGAAUGAUCGCUGGAGUGAGACUCGCUCUCAGCUACUGGCCCAGAUGGACGUCAGUAUGGGCGGCCGUGUAGCAGAGGAGAUUAUAUUUGGCCAUGAUUACAUCACAACCGGUGCAUCAAGCGACUUUGAUAGUGCCACAAAGAUUGCUAAGUUGAUGGUGACCAGAUUUGGAAUGUGUGAAAAGUUAGGUGUGAUGACCUAUAGUGACAUGACAGCCCAGAGCCCAGAGACACAAGCAGCUGUGGAGCAUGAAGUCAGGAUGUUAUUGAAGGAGUCUUAUGAGCGAGCCAAAGCCCUGCUGAAGUCUCAUGCCAAAGAGCACAAAAACCUGGCAGAUGCUCUGCUCAUGUAUGAGACACUGGAUGCCAAAGAUAUCCAGCUGGUCCUGGAGGGCAAGACCCUGGAGACCAGAUGAAACUGGCGAGGACUGCAACAAUCAGGGGUUAGCAACGGGUAAGGGGUCAGAUUUUAAGAGCUCAGGGGUCAUGGAAGGAGGGAUGGACUCAGUUCAUGAGCAGUGAAUCAAAGUGAGAAGUCAUGGCCUGCAUUCACAAAGUCUCCUGACAAGUGCUCAUGUGGGACUAUGUCAUUUCUUCAUGCUGUCACCUUCGUGUAAUCUCAUCAAUAUUCCCAGAUACGUAGUUUUGUUAUAUGAAACGUAAACAUGACUUUCCUGUGUUCAGAGGUAAGCAGGUGUGUUGUACGGGUUCAUUGUAUUUGACUAAUGAUGAAGGAAGGAAAUAAUACAUGAAUGUUGUAAUGAUGCACCUCAAAUAUAAAAGCAGCAUCCAGACAGGAUUCCUUUCUUUUUUUUUUUUUUUUUUUUUUUUUUUUUUUUUUU